AUGCACUUCCGAUGGCUCGCGUGGCCCUGGCAUGCCUGGUCUCCCGCGCACGCCGCGGGCUCGGCGGAUGCGGCGGAUGCGUUUUAUGCGGCGGGGCGCUGCGGGGGCGCCUUCUUCGAUCCGCGGAGCUUCGGGGACCUGGUGGGCGCCUCCGGUGCAGCCACCGCCGCACACGUGGACUACUGGAGCGGGGGCCUGCAAACGGAUGAGCUUCCUGGGCACUAUGCCGAGUACGUCCUAAACUUGUCAGAGGUUUGUGCCUCCACAUGCUGGGCUGCAGGAGCAAGAUAUUGGGAAGUUUCCCUGGACCGCGAGUUGUACUUUCCCAGCUGGAUUCAGCAAGCGCAGCAACUGGGUUGCGAAGGGUGCUUGGAGCUCCCAGCAAAGGUCCAGGCCCUGGCGCCUUUGAUGCGCGUCGGCCUCUGCACGCCCGAAGUGUGCAGUGCUGGGGAGGUUAGGGAGGAACUCCUGAGCGGAUACCUGAUGCAUGUUCUGGGCGCGGCAGUGGCGUUUCCGGUUCCCACAGAAGCUGAAGCACAGGUGGUGGAACUCUCACAUUGGUCCCGCUUUGAGUUGGACUUCGUCAUCGCGGGAGUUGAUAACUGUGGAACCACGUCGCUUGGGCGCUGGCUGCAGCAGCUUGAGGGUGUCGAGUUCAGCAGAGGCGGCGAGGAGGAUGAGUCUCUGUUUGCGCACGACAGACUGCUUCCGUACCUGUCAGAAGUCGAAGCCUUUAACUCGCAGUGGAGAAGUUCAUCAACAUUGAAAGGGCUCAGGCAUCCAAGUCUCUGGGCGCACCUUCGAGCCCGCAUGGCCUUAGCUCGUAUUCAGCGCUUGAGAGUCUUGCUGGUCGUUUGCGACCCUCUCAGUCGGAUAGACAAAGCCUUUUGGUGGUAUCACAUCUGCAACCCGUCCCUCCCACACCCAGAAGCAGGACCACUGUUACGGCCGGGCACGUGCUACGACAGCAUUGCCAGCGCGUUGGAGCCAGGGUUCUUGAGACGCUUUGACGUCCGAAGGCAUUUGGAACACGUGCAGCGACUCUUCGGGCAGAGGCUGGUCGUCUUGCACCAAGAGCACCUGCGUUUGCAGGCUCCGGAGGCCUUCUACAGGGUCCUACUGUUUCUUGGGCUUACCGCGCCGGAGUGGUGCCGCUUGGCACGGCACAACCACCGCCCUGGGCAUCGAACGGACUUGUGCAACAACGACACGCUGGUCCUCAGGUUUAAGGAGGCAUUGGCACCCGAGCAUCUCGCUUGCCUGGGCCAUUUCUGCGGGUCGGCGGCUGUUUGCAUAGUUAGCUAG